AAUCAUAAAAAGAAAAAGAUUAACUCAGUUUAUUGAAUAAAAGAAAAGGAAUUUCUGUCAACAAACUACAGGCAAACAUUCUGCAAUCACAGUUUUCUUUGAUAAACUCGUAAAAUUUCGUAAAAAUUGAAAAUUCUAUACUAACCUAAAAAGAUGAAAUACCGCGAAAUUAUUCCAAGCUUAUCUGCAGCUGAAGAAUGGAAGGAAAUAAGAUUAAAUACAGGAGCAACUCAUAGCACACUUCAGGAUAUUAAAGUUCAAAAACAAGCUUCUGGUUUUUGUUAUCGAAAUGAUGAAUUUAUACGAAAUCGUUUCAUUUAUUGGCGAACAUCUGACGAUAUAUUAGAACUAAGUGAAAACAGCUUGGAUCUGAAUUUAAGAAACAAAAAUUUGAGAAUCAUUUUCGAAGAAGCUCCAAUUUUGUCAGUUAACAUCAAUGAGAAUGAGCAGAAUGUUUUCAUUCUUGUUGUUACAAUCAGCAACAUUCAUCGACUUCAAUUCAUUCAUCCAAAACGAGGAAUCGGUGCGAAUGGAGAGCAAAAUGAGAAUUCAAUCUUCACUAAUAUCACACAAGAAUCCGCCAAAGAUCCAACGUCAUUUUACACCAUCAGCAAUUUACUUGCACAAAAUGUUCCACAUUGUGCUACUUGCUUCUUAUCACAAACAGGAGAGGAAGCUUACUUCGCAGUUGCUCACACAAAUCAUCUCCUUUUGUUCCAAAUGAAUUGUUUCAAUGGCCAUACUAAUGUCACUGAACUCAAGAACUUUCAAAUUCUUCCAAGAUUGUUUAGUAAUCUCACUGACGCCAUUCGUGGGAAGAGCAACGUUAAUGACAGCAAUUACGUGACAUCGAUUGUGUUUGAUACUGUCGGAGGUGAAAUUGUUCUUUACGCUUUAUAUCGAGAUAACAAUCUACGAAUGUGGUCAACAAGAACUGGACAAUGUCUUCAUACUCUCAACAUUAUUAAUGACAGUGAAGAGAAAGGAAGUCAAGGAACUCAAAAUAAUAUUUUGAAGAAAUCAACAAGUUCAACAUCACUUUGUGUUUUUCUUUCGUACACUUCAUGUUCAGAGUUUCAACUCUUUAAACCUACUUGGGAUGGCGCUAAUAGUUACACAAUUGUACCGACAAACUUCAUAACAGCUCCACAAUUUGAUUUGGUUGACUUUGAACUAACCGAACAGAGACUUUGGGGGUUGUGGUGUAAUUCAGAAGGUGACAUGCACAUCUCUGCUUACUCAUUAGAUCCUGAACCGAUGGAAUAUUGGCGCACAGCUGUUUUAGAAGGAAUCUCUGAGAAGAGACGAACAGUUGAAGCCGACAUGGACGCCAAACACAUUUAUUGCUCAAACAUCUUUCGACCAGGGAAUUUUCAAUCAUCAACAAUUUCAAAAGCUUUAAUGAUGUUUAGUCGAUCAACAAACUUCAGUGACGCAUUCACACCUUUACAUAUUCUCAAGGAACGUGUUUGUCAAGCUAUCGAUGCUGAAAUACAAAAUGAGAUUAAAAUGCAUGAUCUCAGCGAAGAUGAAUAUAUUGAAGUUGCGAUUAACAAUUGGGAAAAGUUUUAUUCUUGUUGUGAACAAUAUCAGAUCGCUGCACAUCAACCGAUUGGAAUUUUUGUUUUAGAUUCAUUGGAUGCUGUUUGUGUCAUUAAGAACAGCCUCAUGUCGUUUCUUCGACCAUGUGAUGUCAUUGAAAACAUGCUUUUGUCUGGACGAUGUUUAGAUGAGUUUAGAAUCGAUGAAAGAUUAAAAGAAGAUCUCACAAGUCUUGUCAAAGUUGCAUAUUACUUGGAAAAUCAUCUUUCGAUUGAAGUCAAGACUGAAAUUUCCAAUAAUAUAUUUAAACUUCGAAUGCCAAACGACAUCGUUAUGGAAAUGAUUUCUGAUAUGUUGUUGGACAACGACGAAUUAGAAGCUUCGAUCCCAAAAGAGCUGAUUGUUGAUGUUGCUGAUCGCUUAAAGUCAAUUCGUGAUGCUCAGAGUGCUUUAAGUUUCCUUCUCAAUCUUCUUCGUUUGGAUCGAAAUAAUUUUCCUAAUGAAGAAUUUAAUGAAGAUCUCACAGUUUUUCAACGUCAACUCUUUGCUGGAAAUUAUGGAACUUCAAUUUUGACAGAAACAGUUCGUCAGAUUUCUUCAAGUCGCUAUGCCAUGUGUCGGAACUUGUUGAUUAUUCAACAUAUUCUCAUCGAUAAUGGAACUUUAAAUUGUAAUGAGGCAGAAAUUAUCAGAUCAAAGCACAUCCCAGAAACUGUCAUUUUCCUUCAAUCUUAUUACGUCAUGGUGUGGAUAAGCGAAGAUGCAUUCGCAAUUCCUCAAACAAAGACAAAUGUCAUUGGGUUCAAUAAUCAGGGUGGUUACAGUCAACCGUCUUCACUCUUGCAACUUUUCGUCAAGAACAAAGGACUUCAAACAUCGUUAAAGCUUUUCUUCAAAUCUAACGCAAUGGAUGAAAGUGAUGAAGAAACUGACGGUGGCGAUUACGAGACGGAAAAUUUUUGGUCAAAGAAUCUUCUCUCAAUUGCAAAUUACAUUGAAAGAUUCAUUUGGGCGAUUUCUGGAAGUUUCAUUUUUGGUGAAUGGCUUGCUGAAACAGAACAAAAUCUUUUAGUUGAAGAAUACGUUCGAUUGUUGAAUAAAUGGUGUGAAUAUCAUAGCUGUUCACGUCACUUUAUCUUAGCAAUGUCAUAUCUUAAUAUGGGUGAAACAUUCAAAGCUUACGACAUGUUUAUUGAGUCAGCAAAAGGAGUUUUGUAUGAACCAUAUUUGAAGCAAUUUGUUAAUUCGAAUGAGUUAGAAACAGAAAAUGAAAUAAUGUCGCAAUACUAUUUGAAAGUUAUGCGACUUUUUGAGAAACAUGAAAUCUACGAUUGCGUCAUUUCAAUAGCUGAAGUUGCAAUUGGAACAGCUGAAAAGGAAUCGCAAUUGGCAAUGUUUCAAAGUAUUAUCUUUAAUAAUCAUAUGAAUUUGAAACAUUUCGAAGAAGCUUAUCACUCUUUAAUUCACAAUGUUGAGAUGUUGAGACGAAAGGAUUGUCUUCGUCAACUUGUCAUUAUGUUAUUUCAAGAGAAACGCUUCGAUAUUCUCAUCAAGUUUCCUUACAUUGGACUUGAACAGGACCUUCAAGAUAUCGUUGAAACGAGAGCCCGUUCAAUGCAAAUAGAGAACAAUGAACAUUACAACUUCCUUUAUUCUUAUCACAUUAAGAACAACAACAUGAAGCAAGCAGCGAUUGUGAUGCAUGAGAAGGCUUUGAGAUUCUUACACGAAUGCAGUUCCGUUGAGUCACUUCAAAUGCGUUACAAUAGUUUACUCUCAUGUUUCAAUGCAUUGUCACUUGUCGAUCCUGAUUACAAAUGGUUGGCAAAGCCGGGAAUUGAAGAUCCGAGACAAGAUGAAGAUGUCGAUGAUGCCAUGGAGUCGGAUGUUCAAAGUCAAAUUGUUGUCAUUGAGAUUGAAGACAUAAGAAAAGAAUUGCUGAUUGUUGAAGCUUUGCUGUGUGUUGCGAAAGCAAAAGAGUUAAAAUCAAUGCUUAACAUGGGACCGAAAGAGUUGGUAAUUCUUUUAGCGCAACAAAAAUUCUUCACAAAUGCUUUGAAGUUGGCCAAAGGAUUUAAAUUGUCAUUGACGCCGCUUUUCGAGAGUCUCACGCUUGCUUGUCUUCGAUCAUCAAAUCCGGAGUUUAAUGAGAGUCUUGAAUGGUUGAGCCAAAAUAAUCUUAGCGAUUUAACUUUGACGAUUAGUUAUAGUGAGAUGCCUUGGAUGUAUUUGAAGAAAUUAUUGAUGGAAGAAGAUCUUGACAAAGAAUAUCUACGAGAUGUAGUCAAAUGUGUUCUCGCUAAUCAAGCUUUUGUCCCACAAUGGCUUGUCGACAUUUAUAAAAUUCACAAGGCAUCCGAAUUGCUUUAUCUUUAUCUUCAAUAUGGUCGUCUCGAUGAAGCAGCUGAAUUAGCAGUUGAAUAUGUUCGAGCAUUCUUAGGAAGUGGCAGUGAACUGUUUGGAUUUAAAUAUUAUGUCGCUAAAACUUUGCCAUCUUUUCCUAUCAACACAAUGGAUUUGUUACUUCAUCAGCUCAAAGUUCAUGGACGAAAAGAUAAAGUUUGUGAAGAGAAUUAUCAACUUUUAAAGGAAACCAUCGAUAAAUAUUUAGUGGAAUCUAAUCGAAUCACUUUGGAAAGUAUGGCGAUGUGAACUUAAUCAUAAUUUUUUUUAAUUCUCUUAGUUUAAGAAAUUCAAAAUAAACUAAUAAAUAAAAUUUAAUCGAAAUUUUCA